GAAGGAAUAGUAUAAAGUAACGAAAGUUCUAUAGAUGGAUUAUCCGCACGAACACGAGAGUUGUUUCCGUCACGUGUUCCGCAGCUUUGUGUGCGUGGUUUUGUCUCUGUUGUUGGGAAUGCAAGUGUACACCUAUUUCAUAGACCCACAGGAGGCGAUGGAGGGGGACUUUACGGAUGUCAAGUAUAUGGUCUUGCAGCUUACUCGAGGAUUGUCUGAGGUGAAUCGCAAGCAUGAGAACCUACAGGGUCAAAUGGAGCGUAUAUCGCAAGCGAUGCCCGCGCUGGCGGCAGCGGCAGGCCGGGCUAAAGAUGCGUUGGAACCUUCUCGACGUGGCGUUCGACAAUUCCUCGACAUGCAAGAUUAUGACCGACAGAUGAUCGACUACGCGCUAGAGACGGCAGGCGGCCGAGUCGUGGACACAGGCGGGACGUUAGAGCACAUAGUGUUCGAGUCGCCAGUGAGCUGGAUGCUGCACAUGCUCAGCUCGACGCUGUGCCGGGAGUGCCCCGAGGUCAACAGCAUCCUCCGCCCCGGGAACUUGCCGGGGGAGUGCUGGGCCUUCCGGGGCGCGCGGGGAGAGGCCACCAUCAGGCUGCUGGGAACUGUGCAUGUGAAUGGAGUCAGCCUUGAACAUAUUCCGCCGCAUAUUUCAGCUACUAGAGAAAUAUCAUCCGCUCCUCGGUUGUUUCAACUAGAAGGGUUAGAGUUUCGCGGAGACCCCUACCCGCACGACUUCGGCACUUUCGAAUACGACAAGGAAGGGAAACCUAUCCAGUACUUCGAAGUAUUGCAUCCGUCGCCGAAGGGGUUUAAUCUGGUCCGAGUGAAAAUAUACUCAAAUUGGGGUCACAUUGUGUACACGUGCGUCUACCGAGUGAGGAUCCACGGAGAGUUGGUGUCAGACCAGGUAAGGCCUACAGUGCCACCUAAAGACGAUGAUAUGCGAAUUGAAAAUGAAUAAGAAUCAUAUACUUACCUAAAUAAGGACAAUUUUUAAUCUGUGAAAGCAACAUCGACGCCCCUGAAUAAGAAUGCUGUAA